UGUGCGUGUGUGUGUGUCUUUCAGAGAGUGCUUCACAUAGGAGGCUUGACGCUGAAACACAGCAGGUCCAUCCAUCACAGUCCUGCAUGGAGGAGUCCGCUCAUCCCCAUCGUGGUGGAGCAGACGGGGAGAGGAGAAAGAGCGUACGACAUCUACUCCCGCCUCCUGAGAGAGAGGAUCAUCUGUCUAAUGGGUCCUAUCGAUGACAAUGUAGCCAGCGUGGUUAUCGCCCAGCUGCUCUUCCUACAGUCAGAGAGCAACAACAAACCCAUCCACAUGUACAUCAACAGUCCUGGUAAGACUCACAGCGCACACAAGCCUUUAACCCAGAUGGCAGAUAUUGAAGGAUUCAAUGUUUAUUUGUUUGCUUUGCCAUUUAAGAUUGGUUUACUUCCUGAACAUAGUGACAUCAUUAUGUAA